AUGAAAAAAAAUCGCUUUGUAGCAUUAGUUUUGUUCAGUAUAUUUGUAUGGCUUGGUAUUAAUCAUUUUAUACCCAAUGAUAAUUUCAUAUCUAAACCCAAUAAUUAUCUUGAUGAAAAUUUGGAUGAUUUUGAGUUGCGUUUAAAAAUUGAAGUAGAAACACACAAUUUAAUACGUGAAAAUAUUAAACAGUUAAAUUAUUCUAGCCAUGAAGAUAGUUAUCAAUUUAAAAAACACAAUUCGUCCAAUUCAUCAAGUGUUGCUAUUUUAAUAAUUGCUUGUAAUCGUCCAUCUAUAUCAAGAUGCAUCAACAAAUUACUAAAAUAUCGCAAAUCAAAAGAUGAUUUUCCUAUUAUUGUGUCUCAAGACUGUAUUCAUGAAAGAACUUCACAAGUUAUAAAAAGUUUUGGCAGAGAAUUAAUUCAUAUUCAUCAACCUGAUCAAAAAGAAAUUAAAGUGCCAUCUAAAGAGAAAAAAUUUAGUGGUUAUUUCAAAAUAUCAAGACACUAUAAAUGGGCACUUAAUCAAGUUUUCAACACAUAUAAUUAUGGAACUGCGAUAAUAGUCGAAGAUGACUUGGAUGUAGCUCCAGAUUUUUAUGAAUAUUUUAAAGCUACAUUACCAAUUCUUCAAAAAGAUGAAACUUUAUGGUGUGUUUCUGCUUGGAAUGACAAUGGAAAAUUUGCAUUGAUUGAUAGAAACGAUCCAAAGUUAUUAUAUAGAUCAGAUUUUUUCCCUGGACUUGGAUGGAUGUUAACACGUAAAAUAUGGAUAGAAUUAAUGCAUAAAUGGCCUCAUAGUUAUUGGGAUGAUUGGAUGAGACAUCCUGACCAAAGAAAAGGCAGAUCAUGUAUAAGACCUGAGCUAUCCAGAACAAAAACAUUUGGAAAAAUAGGUGUUAGCAAUGGUCUUUUUUAUGAAAAACAUUUAAAAUAUAUAUACUUGAAUGAAUUACCAGUUCAUUUUACCAAAUUAAAUUUAACCUAUUUAUUAAAAGAUGAAUAUGAUAACAAUUUUGUGGAAAUGGUAUAUAGAGCACCACUUGUUGGUGUUAAUGAACUCAAAAAUAAGCAAAUUGGUCAUAGUGAUCCUGUGAGAAUCAUAUAUUAUACUAAGAAUAACUUGAAAUCAUUAAUGAAACUAUUUGGCCUGAUGGACGAUUUCAAAAGUGGUGUACCAAGAACUGCGUACAAAGGCAUAAUUAGUUUCACAUAUGAUAAUAGAAGAGUAUAUUUAACACCCAUUAAAGAAUGGCACAACUAUGAUCCAAGUUGGCAAUGA